AGAUGAACUUGGCCUACGUCCAACUGUUUGAUGAGACCAGUGUGUGUGUGUGUGUGUGUGUGUGUGUGUGUACACCCCCCUCAUACACCUUUACACACACUUGCUGUAGUGCUUCAUUGUUUCUCAUUUGUAUUGUCUGGCGUACGUACAUGCAUUUGCCAUCGCCAUUUUUGUCUCCGUUAUUGCUAUUUAAAAUUCUGUUUAUUCAACAUAUUAUGAAUUACUUGACAAUUAUUUUCUUGUAAUCACAGCAUGAAUGGGAGAUAUUGAUAUUAUAUUAUCACAUCAUGAUGAAUGAUAAUAUGCUCCAUAUGAUAUAUGAUGAUUGAUCUAAAUCAAUACUACUAUUUAAUUUAUUUAGCUGCUCAUUACCUGAACAACAAAUGUGUCACCUUAGCAAAGUCAUUGCAAAAUUACCAGUGUGUUUAUUGCUGGCUUUUUAUAUUUAGAAGAAGAGUGGUUGGCACUGGUCCAGCCUAAUACUUCAUUAUUCUGAUGGCGUUACCAGUAUGAAGGUUUUUCUAUUUCUGUAUUUUGACUAGUAAAGUAUAUAUUUAUCAGGCGUAUUUAUUUAUCAUUGUUAUGAUCUCUCCACCAUAAUAAUAGGUGUCACAUCUUUUACUUGGUCUCGUUUGAGUGAUUCCCCUGUGCAUUUUUGAGUUUGUGUGUGUUGUUUUUUUUAACAGUAUUACCUAGCAUAGAUCCCUGUCUCCACGGCACCCAACAACGCAUUCUCCUGCGGCUGUGACUACUUAGGUCUACAAAUUGGACAUGUUUCUUUUGACUAAAUGAAGCAUUUUCAAGCAUAAAAAUGACUAAAUUAAGCAAAAUACAAAUAUAGGGCAUUCAGAAGAACGCUGGGUGUUGUGAGACACACAAGCACCAAACGUUUUCGCAGGAACAACAACAGGCUUUAAUUGCAGCUUUGAAUGAUCUCAAAUGAUCUACUCUUGUGGUCGUAAACCCAUGCCGAGCUAAAACUCAAACUUGAACCCUCAACAUCUUGUAUUGUCUGCACCAUUGGGACACAUUUACAUCAGUACAAGUCUUAUUUAUGUCUUAUUUUCACCUAUUAAAUCUGCUAUAUUGGAUAAUAAGAGCGUGAAGGUGACUAUAGGGGUGUUAUUUCAUGCCUACGGAGCUCUAAUAAUAUUAAUCAUGUUUUAAACAGGUUUUCUAUGCACUAACUACAAAAAUAUUGCCUUUACAAAUGAAGAAUCCUACUUUUGCAGAGACUCACUUAUCACGGUCAGGUGUGGAACAAUUAACCGUGAUAAAUGAGGGAUUACUGUAGUGAUGUAAUUGUUUCUUAUCCACACAGAGGCAAUUCAAAGAGUUAUCCACUCUGAGAGCCAGACUUGUACGUCCAAAACAUCUGAGCCAUGUGGAAGUGAAAAAUGUUUGAAAAAUGCUGAAAAUGUUUCUGUGUGGACAGGCCCAGAGUUUGGCCAACGAUGACGUUAGAGGAAGUGCAUGCAAACUAUGACGAUCUGAACAUGUGUUAUGUUCAGCCACAAUUGUAACUUUCAUCAUGGGUUGUUGUGUUGUUUAUGAACGGUCAUUCAUGCUUGUGUACCGUGUGUCGUUGUGAGUGCCAUAUGACAGGACAGGUGGUAAGUAGACUUAAGUUGCAUUGUAAGACUUUACAGCAUGUAACAUGAACCCUAACCUGGCCGUGUUGACACCUGCAAUACUCUAUGUUCACAAGAGAUACUGUGGAAACAACAUUGACGACAAAGACAGCUGGGAUAGGCUCCAGCACACAUACAGUGAGGAUAAGCGGUAUAGAAAAUGGAUGGAUGGAGGAAUUUACAAUUAAAGAACCGUCACUGACCACAGAUGGCCCUCAGACCGCACUUUGGACGCUCCCUCCCUAGUCAGUAGACACACACAGAGGUUUACAGGCUCGUAUUGUUUCUACCUCCUAUGGCUUUCCUUCACUUCGCCCUGUAGUCCCAAGUUUGUGCGUUGUUGGCUGAAUGUGAAAAAGCGGAGCUGCUCGGCUUGAAGCUAGCAUAUCCACCACCUUCUUCCGUUCCUGCUCUCUAAUCUUGUGUAAACACAAAAAUCAGCUCCCAGCUUCUUCUGGCAGAUGCAGGCCAGCAUUGAUGAUACUGCGAUAGAGACCUCUAAAGCUUGGAUUUACUGUUUAGAGAUCCUCCACAUUUAGGCGAGGUAGGCUUAUUUCGGCGUUAGAGGGUCGUCUACUUUCUAUUCAUUGUCUUUAGCCUGAAAGAAGGAUGGUGCUAAUGCAUCACAUUAGCCACGUAUACAUGGACCCAAAUAUUCUAAUUCCAUUUGGGUUAUUUGCUCAAACGGAAAGAAUGUAACCUUUGUGUACACCUCAUUCCGAAAGGAAAGUGUCAAUCCGAAUGAAUAUAUAAUCGGAUUCCCAGGGGUGGAAUAUUCCUUUCCCCAAUCCGAUUGAGGUAUCUUGUACCGGCUCAAUCGGAAAAAUUGUCAGACUGCGUUCUUCUUUGUGGUGUUUUUCUUCUUCUGUUGUUUAUUGGCGGUUAGCAAGCAGCUUUGGUGUGCAUUAGCGCCAUCUGUGGAACAAAAUCUAAACCCUUCUAUACGCCAUUCACAAGUCCGGUUUUAUUAAAAAAGAAAAUACAUAUCUAUAUAAAACAUGUGCCGAGCUUAAUUAUAAAAUAUUAGCAAGAUUGAACUUUAUCUUUUCCUGUUCCCGGGUGCGUUCUGAGAUAUGACGUAAGACGCAUCUUGAGACGUUCUUCGAUUAAAAAAAAUGGAGGCGAGCAAUCGGCACUGGACUGCUGCGGAAAGUUUGUUUUUGAUUCAAACUAAAUUUCAAGACUGGACGAAGGAAAAACUGGCAAUACGGAGUUAUUCCAACAAGUGAAAGAAAAAGUUGAGGAAGUCCGUAUCACGUGAUGUUGGUGUUUACAAUUUACUGGGCAUGCCCCAUUGACUAUUCUGGUUGAUUAUAGCGGCACAUGUAGACACACGAUUGGAUUAUUCUUUUCCAUGUAUACCAUUGCUUUCGGAAAGGUGAUUCGGAAAAAAUCCAUUCGGAAAGAGAAAAACUCAUGUAAACGUGGCUAAUGGUUAAAAUCCCAAUGUGAAGCUUUAGCUCUUCAAGGGAAAUAUAUAUUUUUGUCCUACAUAGGGUUAAAGGACAAAUGUAUUUCUUUCUUUAAUAAACGGGUGCUGGGUAUUCGGCUAGAAAUGCUCAUGAUUAAGGUAUAAACUCCAAGAGGCAGUCAAAAGACAGACAAAGAUAAAGUGAAUUGAAGGAAAGCAGAAGAUGUCUUCACCAUGCAGAAAGAGACAUGUUGUGACAUGACCCAUGUCCAGCCCCGUGUACGCAUAAAGGCAUCUGUCUUCAAGAUACAUUUUUAUGCAUGUGUGUGUGUGUGUGUGUGUAUUUAUCAGAUUCUGGGAAUGUCUGAGUUGUCUGUGGCUGUGAAUGAUCUAUGGCUUGUGUUUACCAGGCCAUAUUUUGGCUAGGCCUGCCAUCACUGGCCUAUGAAUGAUAAAUUACGGAUGUCUAUCGGAUUCACCCAAGCACCUGUGGUCCCUUGCUCUCCUUUCCGCUUUUACACUGUGCACCAAAAAGGAGAAACACUUUAAUGCCUCGAUGGCAUCUUUUCUUCAGGUAUGCCAUUAUAUUUUCAUCCAGGUCAGUAUCAGUCAGGAUAAUUGAAAUAUAUUUAAUUAAUAUAUUACAGUGGAUCCUUGCUGAUUUUUUUUUCGAUUUUUACUUUUUUAUUUCUUUAUUCCUCACUGAUGUUUUUUUUGUCAAUUUUUAAGAUGCUUUACUUUACUUGGCGAUCCUUGAAUGGCACAAAAGUGCUAACUUUUAACUUAUAGAUAAAACAAUCCUCAAACCUUGCAGAGACGUGAGCACAAGUCGAUAUAGUCGAUAUAGGCAAGCAUUGUGUAUUACAGUAAUCCCUCGUUUAUUGUGGUUAAUUGGUUCGAGACCCGACUGUGAGAGAUAUUAUGUGAUUGAUACAGUAAAUUGAAUAUUGUUGUAAUUGGACCAUAGAAAACCUUUUCACGAUUCAAGAUAUAACAGCCCUAUAGUCACAUUUACACAAUAUAGUAGAUAUAAAACUAGAGAAAAUAUGAAAAUGAAUGGAUGAAUGAAACAUAAAUAAUACUCAUGCUUGUGUUUGUUUUACAAAUGUGUUUUGGUGUUGUGGACAGGAAGUGAGGUAAUGUUUUACCUCAGCAUGAGUUACGUGCCGCAACAGUGUUCCUUGUUAUGGACUAUUCUGCCUGGUGUGAGCUCAUUCUAAGAUGCAAUAAAAGCCUGUUGUUCUGGCGAUUUCACGAUUUUCCGAUUUCACGAUUUUAGUGAUCAUUUAGUGAUUUUUUACACUCGGAAUGCUUUAUUUAGGCAAACAAUACAUUAUCUUAAUGCUCAUCUUUUAUCUCACGUUGCCAGGGCCGUCCGUCUCUCUCUCUCUCUCUUGCUCUGUCCGCACCUCAGUGUCUCGCUUGGUAAUCCCUUAGCCGAGUAAGACGAACACGUGUGUUAACAUUCAGUCAUCAGUUUAUCUUUCGGAUGCUUUUGUCAGUCGCUUAUGAACUUUGUUUAGUGCUGACUGAAGACAUUCCAGCCGCCUCCAGGGUUGGGACUUUGCUGUUUGACUGGUAUACGUGAAGAUGACAGAUGGCAAGGAAGAGCCGACAACCUACACGUGCACUACAUGUAAGCAGUCGUAUGGCAGCGCCUGGUUCCUGCUGCAGCACGCCCAGAACUCCCACGGUUUCCGUAUCUACCUGGAAAGUGAACACGGCAGCCCCCUGACCCCACGCAUGGGUGGCCCAUCCUCCCUCGGUGGGGGCGCAGAUUGCCCUUCUCAUCCUCCCCUUCACGGGCUCCAUCUGCCUCCGGAUGCAAGCCCGUUCAAUCUCCUUCGAAUCCCAGGCUCAGGUUCGGGGGGAAGAGACAGUGUCGGAGCAGGAAGUGGACUCGGGGCUGGUGCCGGGGUGCUUCAUCAGCGUUUUCCCCCAACACCACCCAUCUUCAGCCCCCCUCCAAGGAACCACCUGGACCACCAUCACCUAAGCCCAGAGGAACUGGCGCUGGCAGCCCACCACCCGAGUGCCUUCGACAGGGUGCUGCGCCUCAAUCCUCCUCUUCCCAUGGAACCCCCUCCGACAAUGGACUUCUCCCGGCGGCUGCGGGAGCUGGCGGGUAACACCUCAGGGUCCACUCCUCCUCUAUCCCCCAGCCGGCCUGGUCCCAUGCAGCGCUUACUACAGCCAUUCCAGACGGCAGUAGGAAGCAUCGGUACCGGAGGUGGAGUGGGUAACAAAACUCCAUAUCUUGCAACGCCCCCGCCUCUGUCAGGCUCCAUGCAGUCGCCAGUGGGCUCUCAGACCACUCCAACCACUCCGCUCACCUCGGCAGGGGCAACACCUUCCUCCAACGUUCCGAUGAAAUCCAAGUGUUGUGAGUUUUGCGGCAAAGCCUUCAAGUUUCAGAGUAAUCUAAUAGUCCACAGACGCAGCCACACAGGAGAAAAGCCGUAUAAAUGCCAUUUGUGUGACCAUGCCUGCACUCAGGCCAGUAAACUGAAGCGCCACAUGAAAACCCACAUGCACAAAUCGUCCUCGCCGAACACUGGCAAGUCAGAAGACGGACUUUCGACGGCCUCCUCUCCAGAGCCUGGCACCAGUGAACACAUGGGCAGCGCAAGCAACGCCCUAAAGUCAGUCGUGGCUAAGCUCAAAUGUGAAAACAACCGAAUCCUGCGUGAAAAUGGAGAGGAAGAGGAGGAGGAAGAAGAAGAAGAAGAGGAGGAGGAGGAAGAAGAGGAGGAGGAGGAAGAAGAAGGGGAGGAAGAGGAAGAACAUAACGGAGAGAGGGCAGCUCGACGAAACAACAACAGCUACCACUUUGGCUUGAACCUCGACGCGGCACGUCAACACGAAAACAACGGCAGUAUCGGAAGCAGACUGGGAGGAGUGACUGAUGAGGCGUCCAUUCCGCGUUCACUCCCUGAGGUGAUGCAGGGAAUCGGUCUUGCAGCAAGCAUGCAGCAUUUCAGCGAAGCCCUUAAUGCACACAAACGGAAUGCAAUUGCCCAAGAGAACCACCUCCACCUCCACCUUAACAGAGGACAUCCACAAAACCGGGAGAUGUGUGAUGUUAAUUCGGUGCUGGAAACAGAUCGUGGCGAGGAGGGCUCUGUCUCAGCAGUCAACGGGCGCGGAGCAUCCCCGAAUGAGUCCGCCUCCGUCUGCCUUUCUAAGAAACUGCUUUUGGGUAGCCCGAGUCCGCUUAGCCCUUUCUCGAAACGCAUCAAGCUGGAAAAAGAAUUCGACCUGUCCACUCCCACCAUCCCGAACACAGAGAACGUGUACUCGCAGUGGCUGGCUGGCUACGCCGCUUCUCGACAACUCAAGGAUCCUUUUCUGAACUUUGGGGAUUCCAGACAAUCGCCCUUUGCCUCUUCGUCGGAGCAUUCCUCAGAGAAUGGCAGUCUUCGUUUCUCAACCCCUCCGGGAGAACUCGAUGGAGGAAUGUCAGGCCGCAGCGGUACAGGCAGUGGGGGCAGCACGCCUCAUCUCGGAGGUCCGGGGAGGCCUAGUUCCAAGGACGGUCGGAGGAGUGACACUUGUGAAUAUUGUGGCAAGGUGUUCAAGAACUGUAGUAAUUUGACUGUGCACCGGCGCAGCCAUACGGGGGAGAGGCCGUACAAGUGUGAGCUGUGCAAUUACGCUUGUGCCCAGAGCUCCAAACUUACCCGUCAUAUGAAGACCCACGGUCAGGUGGGCAAGGAUGUGUACAAGUGUGAAAUUUGUCAGAUGCCCUUUAGUGUCUAUAGCACCUUGGAGAAACACAUGAAAAAAUGGCACAGUGACCGUCCUUUGAGUACCGAAAUAAAGUCCGAGUAGAGGGCCAAACUAUGGGACCUUUUCCCUGCAGGUGUCUGCCAUUAGCUACCCGUUCAUCCCGAGACUCUACAGUUUUGCCCCAACGCCCAAAACUCACCCAAACUUUCACUAGGCUGGUGGAAGGAUAAGACCAUGUACUCUGCACCAGCACAGCCUGUGUUCAUACCCAUUGAAUGCAUGAUCUGUAUCGGGGCAAUACUCUUGCAUUGAGGCAACAUUUUGAGCCUUUUUCUUGUGCAAUAAAUUACAUGUUGUGUACUAUUUUCUUUUUGGAAUUUUCCCUUUUCAUUUCUAAGAAUUUGUCAGCAUGCAUAGUAUGUUUUUGCUAAUCAAAAAAGAAAGAAAAAAAAACUUGUCCCUGGUUGGUUACUUGUUGAGUAAAUGUGUUGCUGUUUUUCUCUUGUUAUGUUUUUUUUCUUUUUAUUAUUCAAAAAGAGAAAGGACAAGAAAGACACAGUAUAUCCAUGCUGCAUACACCCUGUAACACAUAUCAUGUACAGUUUUGUGUUGUUACAUGGAAAAUGACCGUGACCCUCUUCUGGCAACCCUGGAAAUGCACUUAACCUGAUCUUUCUAAAAGAUGCCAUGUUCACACAGGGUUUAAAAAAAAACAAAAAAAAACUAAAUUUAUUGGUUGUAUGAUUCAAACGAAUAAUAUUAUUGGCAGUCAAAUUUCAAUAACACGAGGGUAACUUUAAAAUGUACUAUCAUUUAGUAGAGUAAGAAAGAGUGCCUUUGAUAUCUUAAAACUACAUUGGCCAUAAUCCUAUCUGGAAUAAGUCUGACGUCACAUUAGGCUCUUGAAACCACCAACAAAAGGUCCUUGCAUCAAGCACCUGACUGUGACAACUCAUAAUCAAAGCUUCAGAGUUCGAGUUAUUCAUCAUUUAGCUACCUAGCGCAGUGGGCUUUUCUUCAGUAUACAGAUUACAUGAUGAGCAUGGUACGACCAGUAUUGUGUAUAUCUGAAUAUGUGUAGUUUUGUUUCUGAUAAGGAGCUACACCUUUGAGGGAGAAAGAAAAAAAAAAACAAUUACCUGUAAUGUACAAUCCUGAACUUGAGGGAUACAAGUGACAUGUCUCUAAGUUAGCACAAACCUGCAACGCUGCUUUGAUUUCUGGUGCGUGGAACGAUGCAUUAAGUCAUACACGACCUGAGUGAGAAAUAAAUUCACGCUAGAAAGAGAGAAAGCAACAAACAAACUUGAAAAUACAUACGUGUGAUAGGGAUCAUAUUUGAUUUGACGUUACAUUGUAUCAAAACAGGGUCUUUAUUUGUGAACUACAGCAAAAAUAACCCCUUUGAUCUUAAAAAGAGUGAGCAUUUUAAUCAGUAUGGAGAGCAUGUUUUGGUAGCUUUCGCUUUUAACUGGAGAUGCAUAUCUUUUUUCAAAACCGAUACCGACACUUUAAAUUUCUGCUUCUUAAAACAGAUAUGGUACCGAUAACCGAUUUUUGUAUCUACGUUUUAAAUUUAGUUUUAACUGUAGUUUGUGCACACCUGGAGGCAAGAUGGACUCGUAACAAAUUUGGAUUUUACCUCAUCAAAUGUCAUUACUAUAACCACUACUAACCGCAGAACCAGAGUAUAGAGUGGACCGGCUAGGUGUACUGUAUUUGGGCACAUGCUCCGAGUAGCCAAUGUGACGCCAUAAUGGUGUCUGGCAAACCUUUUGCACUUUUCAUCGUGGAGCGUUUGGCACAACUAGCAUGCAAAAUGUCUCUGAAACAGUGAAUGUUUGUUUACAAGUGAGGUCAGGGGGAAGUUAUGACAGGUCGUUAACAUCACAGGCAGGAGAAAAAACGGAGCACUUGAUUUCCUCACCUGCACAGUACGGGUAAUCUUGCCUCAUUGGAGCGUUUUUUUGAAACUAUCGGUUAUCUGAGUUAUUUUUAAUGUUAUCGGAUUUAUCGGAUUUAUCGGUAUAAUGUCAUAAUUCCGUCAUAUUGUAUCAAGAUCAACCUUAAAGGAGCCCUGUUGUUUCCUUCCUAUUUUUUUUUGCUGUUUCCAGUAAAGCACUUGUCACGCAACUUGGAGGUACCAUCAUUUCUCUUGCAUUGUUUCAAAUUUACAAGUUGCAAGAUUACACUGCAGGGGGAGAAGGGUUCAACUGGUAAAAGUAGUACCAUCCCAGUUCCAAAAUUGUUAAAUUACGCACCCUUGCCAUUUUACUGAUAAGUUAUUACCUCAAACAAAUCCCAAGGUGUGUACGUUCAAAUGACAGCACUCUGAAAUUGGUUCCAAAUGGACCACGGUGUCAAUGGCAUGAAUGCAAAAUGAUCACAUUGGUUUCAAGAGGCUGCAUUGUGUCAUUCUAGCCAUCUUUUAUCGCUAAACCUGGUCGACUCGACGAUAAACACUGCGAGAAUCUGUUUUUGUACAAAUGUUCCUUUAAUUCUCAGUAUGGAAAUAAAGGUUUUUUGGAAAUGACACUUCACUGUCUUUUAGGGUAAACUGUUAAGUUUGUUGUCGUUUCUCUUUUUCUCAGCGUCUUGGUGAUGUUCAAGACUUCGAUCACAGUAUAUAUGAAAUAUUAAAAAAACGGACAAAGAAAAGUCAGACAAAAAAAAAAUCUGUAAUGGUUUUGUAUUUUCUUUUGCCUUGGCUCUUCACAGCUCUUCAGGUUGAAAAAACAAUUUGCAUUGGGGAAAUGAGUAAGAUUAUAUAUGAAUAUAUAAACAAGUUAAAAUAUAGGAAAAUGCACAUACAUGUCAAUUCCUAUGCUUAAACACAUUUAUGGUCAAUUUUUUUGUAUUUCUAGAACUGUAUUCCAUGUUCACUUAGAGUAGGUACUAUAGUAUUUAUAUUGAGGCUCGUAUUUUUAACUGUUGCUUGUUCUCUCUAAAGGUACCAUACCUUUUUUGGUAGUGGAAAAAAAAUCCCAAGCUGCCACGGUAUAUUUUUUUAAUUUGGCAGGAUAAUAUAGUACAAAUUAUUUGUAUGUUUAAAGAGAUAAAAGGAAAAACCUAAUACAAAAAAAAAAAGCAGCUAAAGUGCGUGGCAUUGGGAGGCAUUCUUGGUCAUAAGAUGGCUACUGCUCUGUUUUCCUGUCUACAGAGGUUGUUGUACAUAUCUUCUUUGGUUUUUGCUUCGGACCCCCGUUCCAUCCUGCUGCCAUUCUUGUAUGCAGUAACACAAGCUGAUAUUGGCCUGUUCUGUUGUGUGCUUCUGUCUCUCUUACCCCAUCUACCUGACAACAUUCCAACAAGAGGAGAGAAAGAAAAUUUCAAAAAAAAAAUCAUAUGCAGUACAUGGAUUAAAAAAAAAUAAUAAAAUAAAAAAAACACCCCAAACCAGUCAAAAUAAAUACAUCUAAAAAGAAUUCAAUGUUUUGCAGUUUUUUCAUUGCCAAAUACAAAAUGGUGCUUUUUAUUUAGAUUGGGUAAACUUUCAUAUGCAAAGCAUAUUUAAAAUUGACCGGGGAGAUGUGGAGAAAACCGCUUGAGUCAGGAAUUUUUGUAAAUGGCAAUGUGGAAUAUUUUGUUAUCAGCCUUUUCUAUUCCUGUUCUGAGAGCUGUUUGUUGUAACUUGAACUUGAACUUUAUCUUUUACAAUGGGAGUUGCUAUUUAUUAUAACCUUAAUGCUCUGUUCAAAAUAGAGACAUGGGAUCAAUCCUUGGUUUGGUUUCAUUUUAAUUUUAUAUUUUAUGUUAAAGUAUAUUUUCAUUCGGAUUCUGUUUUUUUUUUUUCUUUCUUUUGUAUUUGUGGCCAAUGGUCAUUUGACAAACCGAGCUCUUUAUUCAUUCCAGUUGUACUUGUUUUAAGUACCUGUUCAGUUGUAAUGAGAAAACCACUGUCUGUGUUUUCUGGCAGAUGUCUGCAUAAUCCUGUUCACACCCCCAUUUUGUCCCUUUAUCGAAAAACAGUUAAUAAAAAAAACAUGAAAGUAUA